AUGGCUUGCACUGAUGCCAUCGUAGCCGCCAUGCUGCCGGCAACUUUCUGGGCGCUAAUUGAACUCGCGUGUCGGAUAUUCCGUGAACCCCCCUCCCAAUUUCCAGCGCCUCCGAAGCUGAGGGAAUUCUCCUUUCCGCCCGAAGUGUCACUGGGCGAAGAGAUCAUCGUCGUGUGCGUAGUCAAGAAGGGCCCGGCAGGCGCCUACCCCAUAACGUGGCACAGGGACGGAGAGGAAGUGAGAGAGAGCGACCGCGUCUCCGUCUCCGCCCAGUCCAAGAGCAGCGCCUCGCUUCGCAUCGCCAGCCUCCGAGCCGAGGACGUGGGCAACUACACCUGCACCGCGAGGAACGAGUUCGGCAGCGACAGCUUCACCGCACCACUCGUUGUCAACGCCAGUCAGUUUCGAAAGUCGAGUGCUAGCGGAAUGAAGGCUGUGGUACGAGUUACCGGGAAGGUUCUAGCGAAGCCAAGUAAAUGUUUGAUGAUAAUAAUUCUCGCGCUUCUGUUACUGACGCCACAACGCUCCAUGGCCAGAGAAGACGUGCCCAUUCUCAGGGAAUUUUCAUUUCCGCCGGAAGUCACACUGGGCGAGCACGUAUUGGUGAGCUGCUCGGUUAAGAAGGGCGACACUGGACUGCACCACAUGGCAUGGCUGAAGGACGGCAAAAAUAUGGAGAACAGCGAUCGGGUGUCGCUGUCCGCGCAGUUCAGCGGGAGCGUAACUCUGCGCAUUGCUAACCUGCGUCCCGAAGACGUCGGCAACUACACUUGCGUGGCGAGGAACUCCUUUGGAAGCGACAGCUUCACGGCGCCGCUCGUCGUGCAAGAGGUUGGCAACCGUGAAGAUGAACGAUGCGAAGAUGUGAACAUGUGA